AGACAACGGGACCGGGGGCGUGACUUCUUGUUGAUUGACACUCACAGCUAUGACCACUUCCUGUGGAAGAAUCAAAAGUCCCUCCCAGGCCACAGUUCCGCGUAGACGUAGAGCAGAGAGGAUCUCGGCAGCUGUGAGAUAAUUACAUUUAUCAGAGUAGGUGCAAGUGGUGCCGCCGCCAGUUUGCCCACAAUGGAUUUCUUGGACCGGAACAUCAACUUUAAUGCUCUCCUCAAGUUCUCCCACAUCUCCUCCUCUACACAGCAGCACCUGAAAAGGGUAUACUCCAGUUUUGCUAUUUGCAUGUUGGUGGCUGCUGCUGGUGCCUAUGUGAAUGUGGUCCUCAAGUUUCUUCAGGGAAGCUUCCUCUCCUUUGCAGGCUCUUUUGGAAUGAUGAUCUGGUUGUUGGCUACUCCCCACACUUUCCAAAAUGAAAAAAAGCGUCUAGGAAUUCUUGCUGGGUUUGCCUUCUUUUCAGGAGUUGGUUUGGGUCCAACUUUGAAUCUGUGCAUCGCCAUUAACCCCAGCAUUAUUCCCACUGCUUUUCUGGGCACAGCCAUGAUCUUCAUCUGCUUUUCACUCAGUGCUCUCUAUGCACAAAGGCGCAGCUUCCUGUUCUUGGGAGGUAUUCUUAUGUCUGCUAUUAGCUUGCUGCUUCUCUCUUCUUUGGUGAACUUGCUUGUUGGAUCAGUUUUACUCUUCAAAAUGCAUAUGUACAUUGGUCUGCUGGUGAUGUGUGGCUUUGUGUUGUUUGAUACUCAACUCAUCAUAGAGAAAGCUGAACAAGGGGAUAAAGAUUAUAUCUGGCACUGUGUCGAUCUGUUUUUGGAUUUUAUCACCAUUUUCAGGAAGCUCAUGAUAAUUCUGGCAAUGAAUGAGAAGGAGAAAAGGAAAGAGAGGAAGUAAAGCAGACUGGCUCCCCCCCAUAGCGUGGCUGGCAUUGUUUUGGGUUUUCAUACAUUUAUUACUGAUGGCUUUGUUUCCUAUGGUAUAAUGAAACGCUUGGGAAUCACUCUGUCUUUUGUACAUUUUAUUGUACCUUCAAACGUCUUGUGUUGACGGACACUGUCUGGCAUCAUCUUUUAAAAGUAAAUUGACUGCUGUGGUGCAACUUUGGGUAUUAAAUACCACAAACAUUUCUUUCCCAGUUUAGCUUAACAUUGGCCCAUGGUCUUUUCCCCUGAAAAUAUACUCGCUUUGUUGCUCAUGAAAACAGAGUUUGGGUAUAAUUACUUAAAAUGAAUAGUAUUUCUGUUAGGGUAUUUUGCUUGCUGUAUGACCUCUUCUUUCUGGCUGUACCGAAUGGGUUACCUCCUCUGCAAGCUCCACCAUUUUUGCAACAUCUUGAUUUGUUGUGUUCUUAAAGGCUUUCCCAAUACCACAAACAAGGGUAACAGGAUAUUUUAAUUCCAGAAUGCUGCAUGAUGUGAAGUCUUUGUCUGCUCUUAUACAGAGCUAUCAGUGAUCAGUCCUUGUUCCUUUACAAACAAAAAUAUAUCCAUUUACAACUGGAAUAAUAAACAUGGCGCUCUUCCCUUCCAUCUCCUGUUUUACCAAAUAAAUAUCCAAGAAGAGAAGCCCAUUAUCUUUUAUGUACACUAGACGCGGGGAGUUUCUCAAUACCUGCUUAUUGAAUUUGCAAUUCUAGAACUGCUUUCUGCUAUACUUCUGUUUAUUUAGUGAUUACAUUUGCAUCAUAAUAAGGAAAUAUACCAACCUUGAAGUGCUGAUUGUUAGAGCUAAAGUUUCUUGUACUUGUCUGCAUCAUUACUAUACUGAUCUAGCUAAUCUGCCACGAUUUGUGCUUUUACCAGUGAAAUUAACAAUAGCCAUCACUCUUUCUCCAAUAACCUGGUGUGGGAAGAUUAACCAUGAUUGAAAAGUAUUCUCAAAACUAUUACUAGUGUUUUUGCAUAUUGUGUAGAUUAUGUAAAUAUCCCCUUUUUCUGCAAUUCAGCCUAAUGUGAUUUUUGCCCUAUGCACAUUCAUUCUUUACCCAUGUACGUUGUCUUUGUGAGAGGCAUGUGAAGCAGUAGUGGCCUCUGUCACUGUCAGGAGGAUUGUGUAGUGUAACAGUAUGUAGCUUUAAAACAUAGGCAGUUGCAACAUUUGUGUGUGUGUGACUGUGUAGGACAAAGGACAACCAAUUCUGGCAGUUUUUACAUCUUACUCAAAGGAAUUCUGGGUUGGAAAAUAAAGUAAUGUGGUAUUAAACUGUGAUGAUGUUUUUUUGCCUUUGACUCUGCUGAACCAAAUUUGCCUGUGUGAUUUUGUCUAGGAAAGGUUGCCUUUAUUAUCUUUCCUUAAUUUGGAACACUGCUGUUAAGCAUAAAGGCACAGUAUGUGCACAUUUUAUCACAUGAGUGCAAUGAAUAGGUCUUGUACUGAACAUAUUGUUUGCCUGUUGUUUAAAUUAAGAAAUAUGUGUAGCUUUUAUUUCUUGCACUAAACAGGGCAACAUUUGAAAAGCAAAGUCAUAUUCUACUAACAGUUUUUCAAGCACAAUAAAAACAUUCAGUCUCGUAU